AUGAUGUCGCCUUCUGUUUUGAAAACUUGCCUGUCGCACACGAGUCAAGCCUCUGAUCUCGACUGCAGCACUGUUCAAGCUUCUCGUUCAGCAAGAGAGCUGAUCGAAAGAUCUGCUUCAAACGUCAAAACAGCUCUCAGUAGCAGUUUAGUCGUUGCUUCUUUUGUUGAGAAGUGGGCCUCAAAGUCAGAAAAGCAAAGCUGGAAAAUAAAGUAUGCUUUAUCUGGUUUUGAGAAGAAAAAUAAGACUUUACAGAUCAAUGACUUCCCCAAAAGGAUCACAGUCUUCGGUUUCAAACAGCCAAGAUUCUGUUAACACACCAAAACGUAUCAUAAAAACGGUUCGUUUUCAAAUUUUUUUUCACAUAAUUUUUCUAUCAUUUCAAGGUGAAAGGAUGGUUUUCGAAGAAAGCUAAAAAAAUUCCCAAUGCUAAUAAGCCAGUGGAAGACCCGACGCCGAGAACCCCGAGAACACCAGAAGAGCGGCAAACGUUUCCAAAUCACUAUAAAGCUUCACAAAAAACUCCCAGUCGUAAAAGAAAAGCCAAUGAAAAAAAAGAGAAACAACUGAAAGAAGAAGAGGAGAAUAUCAAAAAAGUACUGAACUCGGAAACGGCCAAUUGUUCACUUUUGAAGUGCGCAAUGCAAAAAAACAGAAUAAAAGAUGCCGCCGAGUUAAUAAAAAAUAAGAAUGUGGACGCUUUGUUGGAUUCGUUGGAUGAAUCUGUUGGAGUUCUCGUGAUGAACCUUCUCUCCAAGGACGAAAUUCCUGCUCGAGACUCGACCUCGUUCUUUCGGAUUCUCCUGGACGUUUUGAGGUUUUUCUAAACUUCCUUUUUUCUGAGAAUGAACAUUCAUCUUUUUUACAGAGCUACUCAUCUCCUCAAGACAAUUGAUGCCGAAACGGAAAAUCUGAAAAAGAACAUCAACUGCAUUCUGAAGGAGAAAGUCAUUUGCCCGAAAGCUUGUUCCGCGGCCGAAUCUGAAGCUCGGACGUUGCUGAGAAUGAACUACCACGUCUGGGACGCUUCUCAGUCUUAUGAAGGAUACAGUCCAAUGAACAAGCUCUAUCCAGAGCUUUGGGC